AUGGACGCCGCCGCCACCAACGAGCUCGAGGACGAGGGCGACGUCGAGGGCUACCCACGGGAGGGCCUCUGCCUCGCCGUGCUCGGCGACGGGCGGGCGCACCCGGCCUGGCUCUGCCGCACGCGGGCCCCGGCGGCCAACGGGCGGCGUCGGGUCCUGCUCUACGGCGACGGCCGCGGCGCGUCGCGCGCGCUGAACCCGAGCGAGCGCGUCGACCCGCUGCCCGGAGACGCCGCGCUCUGCGCGCGGCUCCAGCAGGACUGGAAGGACGCGAGCCCCGGCGACCGCGACGGCCUGCUGCGCGCGCUCGACGAGCUCGAGGCGCGGCGCUGCGCGCCGCCGUCCUUCGGGGCCAUGGUCAAGUCGGUCCGCGCGACGAUGGCGAAGGGCCCCAUGUCCGCGUUCGCGCCGUCGGCGUGUUUAGGCCGCGAGUUCUACCCGAAUCUGUUCCCGCCGCGCGUCGGCGACGCCGUGCGCGUGCUCUGGGACGGCGACGUCUGGUACGAGGCGACGGCGACGGGCAAGGGCGACGCCGACGCGCGGGCGGACGGGCCCGCGCGGACCGCGGCGGCGGAGAAGGGGCCCGCGGUCGCCUGCGGCGCCUUCUACGGCUUCGACUCCGGCGAUGACCGCGAGCUGCGCGUGCGCUACGUCGAGGACGGCACGCGGGACUCCCUCGCGUGGCCCGACCCGGAGGGCGAGGCCUGGCUCCUGGGCCCGCCCCCCGGCGCGGCGGCCGCCGACGCGAAUCGCCGGCGGACGUCGGGCCGGUCGGGCGGCGGCGCCGCCAUGCCCCGGGACUGGCGGCCGCUGCUCGUGAAGACGGGCCGGGGCAAGAGCGCGGCCUUCGAGAAGGGGCCCGAGGACGUCGGCGACCACCUCGGCGACGCGCCGCGGCCGCCGGCGAAGCCGCGGCGCGCCGCGCCCGCGCCCGCGCGCGAGCCCGCGCCGUCGGCGGCGACGACGCUGCCGCCGCGGCCCGUGGAGACGACGCGGGCCUGGACCGAGGCGCUCGCGGCCGUCCUGGACGAGGCCGAGGCGCCGCCGUCGCCGCCGGCGUCGCCGCGGCGGCGGCUCCGGCCGCCGUCGCCCGCGCCGUCGUCGCCGCGCGGCGCGGACCGCGAGCCGCUGCGCGCGCUGGCGGCGGCGCGGAAGCGCGUCGCGCGCGUCGGCGACGCGCUGCGGAACGUCGCCGUGCCCCUCGCGGGCCUCCUCGACGACUUCGACGACGGCGGCCACGGCACGCCCGCGAAGCGGAAGCGCGACGACGGCGACGAGCCGCCGAAGGACGACGCGCCGCCGGGCGACUGGCCCUGGGCCUGGGACGAGGCCGCGAACGCGCGGCCCGUCAAGGCGCUCUUCGCGCUCGCGCGCGCGCUCCGGCCCGUCGCGGACGUCAUCGCCGAUUUGGAGGCGCGCGCCAAGGGCGCGGCGCCGCCGCCGCCGGAGCGGCGCCACGCCGUCGCGGCCAAGGUCGCGGACCACGCCGUCGCGAGCUUCGCGGGCGCGGCGACGGACGCGGACGCGCCCGCCGCGGCCACGCUCGGCGACGACGGCGGGCGGCUCCAGAGGGCCGUCGACGACGUCGCGAAAAGCUGGGACAAGGCGUCCGCGGACGAGACCUUCGGGCCCGGCGCUGCCGACGCCGACGCGGCGCGCGGGUCGCCCUGCUUCGCCCUUUUGCCGGACACGCGCGUGCCCGAGCCGCACCGGUCCUGGCUCAGGCGCGCGCAGCGCGCGGCGGCCGAGCACCUCGACGCGAAGCGGCGCGCCGCGGACGCGGCGUCGAACGCGUCGUCGCCGGCGAGCGACACGUCCACGAAGAAGAAGAAGAAGCUCACCGCGAAGCAGAAGCGCGAGGAGGAGGAGCGCGAGCGGAAGCGGGCCAAGCAGGAGGAGCGCGACGCGGCGUUCGCGUCGCGCGCGCCGCGGCCCUACCGGCCGCCCGGCGCGGCCGCGCGCGCGGCGCUCUGCGGCGACCGCGGCGUGCUCCUCAUGGAGACGGUCGCACCCCCGGUCUGCGAGUGCUUGGGCGGCGGCGUGGGCGGCGGCGCGCUGACGCCCGGAUCCGCCGUCGUCACGCUCGACGGCGCCGACGGCGACAUGCUCGCGGGCGAGCGGGGCGUCGUCGCGGCGUCGGACAUCGCCCAGGGCGCCGCGGCGCCCUACGCGGGCGUCGUCGUCACGGACGCGGAGCUCGGCGAUUUGUUGCGGCGCGCGCCGCGCGCGGCGGCGCGCUGGCUCAUGUACCGCUACGAAUUCGCGGGCGCGUCCCUGUCCGUAUUACCCUACCUGGGCUGCGGGGACCUGUCGCCGGCGCCCUUCAUCAACUGCGCGCGGGGGCCGUCGGCGAAGGAGGCGCUCGUCGUGGGCGCGUCGCGCGCGGGCCGCGCGCGGCGCGCGGAGCCGCCGCGGUCGCCGGACGCGCGGUCGCCGGGCAAGGGGUCCCAUCGGCGGCCCGGCGAGCGGGCGCACCGCUGGCGGUCCUGGGGCAGCGACCACAUCGGCCAGCGCGUGCGGCGCACGGUCUUCGGGAGCGACGGCGCGUCCGCGCUCGGCCACGCGGACGGCACCGUCGUCGCGUGGCUCGACGAGCACGAGUCGGACUUCGUCGACGGCACGGGCGCGCGCGCGGCGCUCUGGCGCGUGCGCUACGACGACGACGGUCUGUUGACGGGCGACCACGAGGACCUGGAGCUGCACGAGCUGCUCGCGAGCGCGAAGGCGCCCGCGCUCGAGGCGGCCGCGGCCGCGGAGGACGCGGCGCUCGCGCGCAAGGCCAACUGCCACUUCGCGGAGAUCACGGCCGACGACGCGCGGCCGGGGCUGAACGUGGCCGCGUCCGUCGUCGGCGUCUUCGUCGUGGCGACGCGGAACAUCGCCGCGGGCGAGCCGCUGCUCGUGAGUUACGGCAAGGAGUUCUGGGCGGGCUGGGCGCAGCGCAAGGCGCGGCUGGACGACCUCGAGGCCGCGGCCGACGACCUCGUGGACGCCGCGCGCGACGCGCUGGCCGCGCCCGACGACGCGCGCCGCGCCGCGGACGACGCGGCCCGGCGGUCGCUCGGAGGCACGCGGCCGGGCGACGCGUGGCGGAGCGUCGUCGGCGUGCCCUUCGAGUCGGCGCGCGCGUCGCGCGGGGCCAUGCGCUGGCGCGGCGUCGUCGUGGGGCUGGUCGUCGACGCGCCGGACGCGUCGGACGCGGAGCGCGCGGGCCGCUUCGCGGCGGGCGACCGCGUCGAGGGCUACUGGCGGGGCUCCGCGCCGCCGUGGCCCGCGACGGUCGGCGCCGUCGGCGCCGACGGCCGCCUGUCGCUGGCCUACGACGACGGCGGCGUCGAGGACGACGUGCCGCCGGGGCUCUGCCGCGCCGCGACGCGGCCGCCCGCGUGGCGCGCGACGCGGCGCCUCGCCGUCGGCACGUGGGUCCGCCGCAUCGACCCGCCGAAGGACGACGCGCCGCCCGAGGGGCCGAAGAAGAAGAAGCUCAAGAAGCCGCCGAAGCAGGAGGGCGUCGUCGCCGCGCUCCGCGACGACGGCGCCUUCGACGUCCUGGACGACGACGGCACGCUCGUCGAGCAGUGCACGGCCCGCGACUGGGAGCCGCUCCUCGUGCUCCGCUACGAGGAGGGCCACGACCAGCGCGUCGUCUCCAUGGCCCAGCUCAGGCACCUCAAGCCCCAGUUCCUCGACGCGCGGACGCUCCGGCGGCCCCGGCUCGACGACGGCGACGGCGACCUCUGCCCGGAGCCGCCCGUGGACCUGCGCCGCGUCCUCAAGGACAGCGGCAUCAAGGAGCCCCGGGAGAACCGGCGCCACCGGGAAGACGCCGCCGCGUCGCCGCUCCUGCGCGCCGCCUCGGACUGGAUCGCCGCCGGCUACGACGAGCAGCUCGCGGCGCGGCUCGUCGGCGCCGGCCUCGACGCGCCGACGCCCAUCCAGGCCGCCUGCUUCCGGGCGCUCGCGGCCGGCGGCGACGGCGUCGUCCACGCGGAGACGGGCUCGGGCAAGACGUUGGCCUACGCGGCGCCGCUGGCGCGGGGCGGGCGGCGCGUCGUCGUCGUCGCUCCGGGCCUGCCGCUCGUCGCCCAGAUCCGGCGCGUGCUGGACGCGUCGCUCGGCGCCGCGGCGGAGCGCUUCGUCGUCGCGACGCCGAAGCAAUUGAUCGCGCAUCGCGUCGACGACGCGGACGUCGUCGUCCUCGACGAGGCCGACGCGCUCCUGCGGCCCGCGGGGAAAUACGCGUCCGCGGAGACGAAGGCGAGGAAGCGCGAGCGGCCGGCGGCCAAGUGCCUGCGGCGUUUCGUGGAAGCGAACCCGGAGGCGCAGGUCGUCGCGGCGUCGGCGACCGUCGGCCGCCCCCUGCGGCGCGAGAUCGACGGCAUCGUCCGCGGCGCGGCGCCCGUCUUCGCGGAGAAGCGGCCGUCCAUCCCGGUCCUCCGCGCGACGGCGCCGACGACGGGCCGCGCCGUGAGCGCCCCGGCGCCGCUGCGCCACGUCGUCGCGCCCUUCUGGGACAAGCGCACCGGGGGGGCGCCGUCCGACGACGCGCUCACUGCGCUCGCGGACGCGCUCGCCGCGCUCGGCGGCGAGCACGCGUUGGUCGUCUUGCAGGACGGCGACGUCGGUCGGACGGUCCGCUUCCUCGAGGGGGCGGGCCACGCCGCGGCGGACCUCGCCACCGUGCUGGGCGGCGUCGACGCCGUGCCCGUCGCCGCGGCGCGCGACGUCCGGGGCCUCGACCUCCCGGGCGUGUCGUGCGUCGUCUCCGUGGGCCGGCCGCGGUCCUGCGACGAGUACCUCCACGUCGCCGGCCGCACGGCGCGCGCGGGCAAGGGCGGCCUCGCCGUGUCCCUCGCGGACCACGGCGACGCGCGGAUCAUCCGGUCCUGGGCGUCCCAGCUCGACGUGGCCUUCGAGGCCGCGGAGGACGUCGGCGCGCUCGGUAAGUUCGACUAG